CCGACUCACGGUCACGACCUCGGCGCGUCAAGCUUCGUCGAGGCUCGGCGUCGCGCACGCUUGCUCGCUCAUUCAACUUGGCUGUUCCCACUGCUAUCGAGGCCGGCUGCCACGGAUUUGACUGGUCUACCGAGAAUAGUACAUCCACUGGGAAUCCGAAUACUGUCGCCAUGCCCUAUUCGCACGCCCAUCCUCGCGCAGCACCGUCGUCGCCCGUGAGGCUCCCAUAGCUACCGACAUCGUCCACUCACCGCACUGUCUCUCAUCCACUGCCAUUGUCGCCAUCUGCGCUGAACAAGAAUGGGAAACCAGCUCGCGGCCCUGGCUCAGGCCUUCCCGCCAAAGUCGGCGUUUACUCCCGAGCAGAUGCCGGACUUGACUGGACGGGUCGUAAUCGUCACAGGAGGAAAUGUUGGCAUCGGCAAGGAAACGAUCAAGGCCCUUCUCGAGCACAACGCGAAGGUAUACAUGGCGUCCAGGAGCAAGGAAAAGGCGGACGCUGCGAUCAAGGAGCUUGUGCAGCAAACAGGCAAGGAGGCCAUAUUCCUCGAGCUUGACUUGAGCAGCCUUGCUUCCGUUCGAAAGUCGGCAGAAGAAUUUAUGAGCAAGGAGAAAGAGCUACACAUUCUCUUCAAUAACGCGGGCGUUAUGUGGCCUCCGCGUGAGCUGCUCACCGCAGACGGCUACGAUCUGCAAUUCGGCACGAACGUCCUCGGCCAUUUCUUAUUCACAAAGCUCCUCAUCCCAGCACUCGUCGCCGGCAAAGAUACCUCGCCCGACCACCACGCUCGAGUCGUCACCACGUCCUCAAGCGCGGCCUACGGCUACACGCUCAACUUCGACGCGUUCAGGGACAGCCCAGCUCGACGGCGGAUGAUAACGACCACGUUGUACUCGCAGAGCAAAUUCGGCAACGUUGUGGUUGCUCGCGAGUUUGCAAAGCGGUAUGCAGACCAAGGCAUCGUGUCUACGUCGUGCAAUCCAGGGAACAUCCAAACCGAGCUGCAACGCUACGCUCCCACGAUCCUCCGUAAGAUUAUGAAUCUCGUUCUGUACGACGCGCCUUACGGCGCACUCACCCAACUCUGGGCGGGCACCAUGCCAGAGACGCUGGAUUACAACGGCAAGUAUCUCAUUCCCUGGGCGAGGGUAGGCCAGUGCAGGUCAGAAGCGUAUGAUGAUGCGUUGGGCGAGAAGCUGUGGGGUUGGCUCGAGGAACAGGUUAAGGACUAGUGAUUGCGUCUCACUGGAAACCUGUCAUAUCGCACUCCGUGCACGGGCACACGGGUGUAAACGCCAGGAAUAUCGAACACUACCCGUAGGUCGGAUUCAGAACAUAUUGACGACAUCAAUCAUCAUGAUAUGAUUUACUUCCCCCCAAGAAA